AUGAGUCUGCUUUACAAUUACAAUUUUGGAACUGAGUGUUAUUGCUUGGACUUCUCAGUCAAUUCUAGCAAACCAUUCUUCGCAGCUGCUUUUAUUGAUUAGACUUUGAGAGUUUGGAGUCUUGAUGAUCUACAGAAUGCUGAAUCAACACUAGACAAGCCUAAAUUUAUCCACUAGGGUAGAGGUCUUGGCUCAGUAGAUGUAAAAAUUAACUAACUUGGCAAUAGAGUUGCAGUUUCUACCUUAGAUUAUAUUUUACAAAUCUACAAUCUUCACCCUGAAAGUGGACUCACUCCUUAUGAGGAGAUUUAAAAAAAUGACUUAUAUGAUAUUUGGAAAAUUGAUUUCAACCCUAGCGGCAAUGAGAUUAUGACUGGCACAUUGUCUAUGAAAAUCUUUGACGUAUCAACAGGAAAUAUGACAAGAGAGUUCAACAAAGGUUCCAAAUUCAUUUAAGCUUUAGCUUAUUCACCUAAUGGACAAUUAUGUGCUUCCGGAAAUAUUGAUGGUGUUGUGCAACUAUUUGAUACAAGAACUUAUGAGAGAAAAGAGAACUUCCAGAAUCAUGGUAGAGCUGUGAGAGCUUUGAAGUUCAGCUCAAACAGUUAAAUAUUAGUAAGUGCAGGAGAAGACUUACACAUUAAUAUUACUGAUGUUGAGGCAUUGAAAAGGAAACUAACACUUACUGGUCAUGCCGAUUGGAUUACCUGCCUUUCAAUGAGUUCUACUUAAAAAUACUUUGUUACUGGGUCACUUGAUAAAUAAAUCAAAAUUUGGGAUUAAAAUUCUGGUAAGUGUAUCCAAUCUAUCCAGCUAUCAGCUCCAGUAUGGGGUGCUGCUUUCUCGCCUGAUGGAGAGAAAGUUGCUACUGCUUGUCAAGAUGGUAGCAUAAGUGUUUAUGAUCUCAAAGUAUUGUCAUAGUGA